AUGGGAGGUAGCAAGUCGAAACUUUCCAAGGCCGAGAUCAAGAAGCUCGAAGCAAACACUAAAUUCACAAAAGCCGAGAUUCUCAGAUGGUACAAGGGCUUUAUCCAGGAUUGUCCAUCUGGUGAGCUCAGCAGAAACGACUUCACGGACAUCUACGCGGGCUUCUUUCCAAAGGGAAAUGCUGGCGAAUUCGCCCACAUGGUCUUCCAGGUCUUCGAUGUAAAUGGCGACGGAACUAUCGAAUUCGACGAGUUCCUCACUGCCUUGUCCAUCACUUCGAAGGGAACAAUGGAGGAGAAACUCGAAUGGGCUUUCAAAGUUUACGAUUUGGACGACAAUGGCACCAUCGAUCGAGAAGAAAUGGUGCAAAUUGUUAAAGCGAUGAUUUCAAUGGCUGGCGAUGAAAAUGCUGAGCAGGAUGCUAAAGAAAGGGUGGCGAAGAUUUUUGAUCUCAUGGACACGGAUGGAAACGGCGAACUUUCAAAAGAAGAAUUCCUCGAAGCUGCGAAGCGCGAUCAAAGCAUCGUCCAGGCUCUUUCCUUCGUCAAAUCCGCAUAA